AUGAACGAGAUGUGCGUCAGCGGCGCAGAUAACACUAAAUUAUGUGCUGUUGUAGACAACGAUAAAGAUAUUGAAAUAGCAAUUGGGCAGAGGAUUGGCAGGUGGUGUUCAACACUAACAAACAACAAAUGCGCAGUCAUAAAUAUGGGAGCGAACAACAAGGCAAACGUAUUUAAACUUGGAAACACACCAUUAAAAAAUGUAGAGGAGGAAAAGGAUGUAGGGGUGAUAAUUCAUCGGAAUGGUAAGGUAGCGUGGCAAUGCAUCGCGGCAGCUAAAAGUGCAGACAUGACUCUGGGCAAAAUAAAUAAGUAA